AUGGCUACAAGAUACAAAAUACCAACAGUGGAAUCAAUAAUCGAAGAUCCCGAAGACGAAUCAAGGGACGAUGUAAGGGGUACUGAACGAGAAUUCCAGAGUAGCAUAACUCGUCGUCAACAUCGAUCAAUUCAUGAUUCCACAAUGUCUUCUUCACCCACAAAAGCAAAUACGAGUAGGGAAAGAGAUAGAUCAAGAAAGAUGCGUAAAUCUACUUCCAGUGGCAACAGACAUUCUGCAUCAAAACCAAAACCUAAGCAUACAAAUGCGAAGCGCGCAAGUGGAUCAUCUUCAAAAGGAAAUGAAAUGGAGGGGCAACGUCUUCGCCAAAGGCCUGUACAACGGAACCGAGAUUCAAGUUCAUCAUCGUCGUCAUCGUCAAGCUCUUCGGAUGAAAAUGAGAAUAUCCCUAAUCACAAAUCGGUCCUUGCAGCUUCCAGAGCAAAAUUAACAUCACCAUCUAUGAUAUCCAAUUUAACAUCUUUAACUACAUCAACCAAUAAAUCUAGUAGCUCAAGUGGAAGUAACUCAACAGUAACUCAGGCUUCUAUUACGAAAGGUUUAUCCCUAGGAAAAGAAGCUGAGGCUAAAGAAGAGUCUCUAUCACCAGCUGUACCAUCUCCACCAAAUGUGUUUGCCUAUUUACAGCAGGACUCCGAUGAAGAAGAUGAAGAAGUUGGGGAGGCCAGGGAAGAUCAAGCAGAGGGGAAAAAGGUGGAGACACAAGACGAUACCUCUAAAUGGUUGAUUGACCAUGACGAUAAAAGCUUCACCCCAAUAUCACGUCCACAUACUCCCGAAGAACAUCCAAGUGGACCCUCAUCCGUACCAAGUAGUCUUCAUAGUGAUGAUUUCUCAGCACCAGAAGCCGAUAUCGACACAGAUAGAAGUACAUCACCAGAAAGAAGUGUUAACGGUCGAGAAAAUCUACGAGUCACCACGAAUCCCAAAGAUGCGUCAGUUAAAUUAGCGUCUCAAAUGGCAGCUGCCAAUCAACGACAAAAUUAUUACGGAGCAGCUCCAUCAUUUGGAACACCAAAAACCCAUCAUCGCACAGACAGUAGCCCACUCUCUCCCGCUGAUCUUGAAACACCCCGCAAUCCACAUCCACCCAAGCAUACACUCCAAUCUCAGAUUGAUCCGACUAUUACAGGCUAUGAACUUCUUGCUUCUCGCUUAUCAGCAUCUUCCCAUUCUGGUUCCGGCUCGGAUACAGUAGUGGAAGAUCGCAUCAAGCCCAUGUAUCGAAAAUUCGAAGCGCUCAAUCAUCGUCUUCUCCUUCAUCUUCAAGAUGAAAUAAGCGAACUCGAGGAACAAUUACAAAGAUUGGAUAAAGCCGAUACGGAAUCUAGAAGGUUACGACAUACUGGCAAUGGAAAUUUCGGGGUGGAUGUAAUUCCUGCAUCGAGAAGAGCAAGUGAGCAAAUGGGUGGUGAUUUACAGUGGCAUAAAAUGGAUAUUCUGGGGAGGAUCGGUUACAAAUUGGCUCAAUACAAUCAAACUCUAACCUCGUUCCACUCUCUUCAAUCACUUCCUCCCGCUGCUCAACCGGAUAUUAGCCAUUAUCGCGAAUACCUUGAAACCGUCCGUCCCAUAACCGAAGUGGAAACUAGAUUCUUAGAUCCAAAAGUGGAGGAUGAUUUGGUUUCAGUUGCUUCUGGUUCUUCUGGUUUUAGAAGUCAGGGUCGUCAUCGAAAUGGAGAUCAAUUCAUUCGUCACAAACAUUCAUUACCAUCAUCCAUAUCAGAUAGUAGUGAUGAUGAUCGUCCAAUUGAGAGAACACCCACUAGUAGCGCAGUCGAUUCACCUCUUCAUCCCCCACCUCAUCUAGCGCAUGAUCAUCUUGGAGUGGGAAAUACAAUUUCUCAUGCAGAAGAUUUUCCCACUCUGGCAUGUGCAAUAGCUCUUAGUAUUUUAAUACCAAUCCUGACUUUUGCAACGAUCCCAACAUUCCUAGGCAGAAUGACGGUGGUUUGUUUGGUAGGAUCGGGUAUUGUAGGAGCACUGGUACAAAGUGGAUUUAUAGGUCUAAAUGAUGUUAUUGAAAGUAUCAAGGGCUUGAAAGGUUCACAAAGAAGAGAGGGAUGGGUUUGCGUGGGGGUUUAUUUGGGGUGUAUGGGGGUGCUUGCGGGGGUUGUUGGGUAA